AAAGAAGAAAAUAUUGGUUUUUCAAAAAUAUUUAUCUACAUUUUAUCGUUUGAGAGAUGAAAAUGCUUGAUCCUAACUCAUCGCAGGAAUUUCCUGUGAGAGUAGCAGUUCGGGUGAGUAAUUGAUAUAUAAAUAGUUUUAAUUCAGACAAUUCUUUAGUUAUUUCUAAAGUCAUAUGCGACCACUUUUCUAUUCUUCUAAAAAUGAAUUUCCAUGUUAGGUUCGUCCAAUACUUCAACGAGAAAAGUUACAUCAUCAGCAAAGUUGUGUGUAUGUUCAUCCACAACUAAAUCAGGUUGUUCUUGGAAAUAGUCAUACAUUUACAUACGAUUUUGUUAUGGGUCCUAAAACACCCCAAGAUGAACUUUUCCGAACAUGUGUUGAACCAAUUCUCUCGAAUGUAUUUGAUGGUUAUAAUGUGACUGUAUUCGCUUAUGGUCAAACAGUAAGUUGA